AUGACUACAAAUUUUGAAGAUAAACUAGGGCAAGGGGGCUCCGGUUCUGUUUAUAAGGGAAAGCUUCGAAGUGGCCAUCUUGUAGCAGUCAAAUCACUUGGAAAAUCCGCAGCAAACGGGCAAGACUUCAUCAAUGAAAUAGCAACUAUUGGAAGGAUCCAUCAUGUAAAUGUUGUCCAACUUGUUGGAUAUUGCGCUGAAAGAUCAAAGUGUGCCCUCGUUUUUUAUUACAUGCCAAAUGGUUCUCUUGACAAGUACAUCUUAAACAAAGAAAAAUCAUCUUCAUUGGAUUGGGACAUGAAAUUUAAAAUUGCAGUUAAAGUGGCUCGAGGGAUUGAGUAUUUGCACCAUGGUUGUGACAUCCAGAUCUUGCAUUUUGACAUCAAACCUCACAAUAUACUUCUUGAUGAUAAGUUUGUCCCAAAAAUAUCAGAUUUCAGGCUAGCAAAAUUAUGCGCCACAAACAAGGAGGCAGUUACUUUGACGACUGCUAGAGGAACUAUAGGGUAUGUUGCUCCUGAACUUAUCAAUAGAAGUAUUGGCCGAGUGUCUUACAAGGCCGAUGUGUAUAGUUUAGGGAUGUUGUUGAUGGAAAUGGUAAACUUAAACAAAGAUUUGACACGAAACAAUGAUGAAUCUAGUAAGUAUUUCCCAAACUGGAUAUACGACCACUUGAACAAAGGUGAGGACAUUGACAUUGGAAAUGAUAAUGAAAAUGAUGAUAGAAACAUUGGUCGGAAGAUGACUAUAGUUGCGUUAUGGUGCAUACAAAUGAAUCCAGACAAUCGUCCAUCAAUGAAUAAGGUGCUAGAGAUGUUAGAAGGUGAUGUCGAACAACUGCAUAUCCCUAACUAUCCAGCGUAUAUGGCAGGAAAUGAGGAUGAAAACUGGGCUACAAAUUCAAAUGGUUCCAUGUCAUUGUUGCAUGAUAUCAAUGAUAGCAGCAUUAUUGAGAUUGUUAGUAUUGCUUGA